CAUACAGCAAGACGUGACUCCGACUAGUCGGGGGAGUGAGAGGCCAAGGCUGAGAUGAAUUCAGAGCGGGUAUAUUACAAUACAUAAUGUCACAUUACAACUAUGAACAGACUAAGCGGGGUGUCCAGCGCGUAAGCAAGUUAACACGACGGUUUUGUUCAUAAACCCUGCCACAAUGGCGCGAACGUGCAGGCAUUGAGACAAAUGCACCGCUAAGUGUUAUAUGAAGCGUUCACAUGGAAGGAACUUCGGCGAGUGGGACACUUUCCUUUCGUGCCCACCUCGCAGGCGGUGACUCCGCCGACGGGGUUUGCUGUGAGCGCCAAGCUGACAGUGACUAUGAAGCCGCGGGUGUGACUGUAAAAGCAACGGUGAGGGCGGGUGCUGGCGGCGGCAGGGGGGGGCCGGCUGUGGGGAGGGAGGGAGGGUGGGAGGGUGGGACGGUUAUGUGCCCGGUCCCGCAUUAUUAUCAGAAAGCCCACCCAGUCACGAGAAUGCGACACGAGCGCGCCAGUAGUGGCCUUCAGUCUCGUUCAUGUGGUCGUGGCCGUCGCUACGUGUCGGCGCUGCGCUCGCUGUACGCCAGCCUGGGCCGGGAGCUGGUGGCGUUUGAGCGGCACCUGUCCCUGCGCAACAAGGGCGGGAACCACUGCCACAUAAACGUGCUGGGGGUCACGCCCGAGGCGGGGAGACGCGCCGGCGAGGCGUUCCGCUCCGCCGCCGCCGCCGCCGGCUACCAGCUCGAACACAUCCCCGCGCCGCCACGUGGCACCGGGCCGGACGAGCUCCUGAAGCAGCUCAAGACGGCGGUGGGCGGGCCGGACAGCGAGUACUUCAUGGCGCUGCUGCCGGACGGCUCGCGGCUGGUGCGCCCGCUCAUGAGAGGCGAGCGCUGGCCCAUGGCCCUGGGGCGCGAGGUGCUUGCGGACCUGGCUGGGGCGCCGGAGCGGGCGUCGUGGAAGGCCUGCGCGCUCACGCCGGAGGAGGAGGCGGGCCGCGUGGAGCGCUUCAAGCAGCUGUUCAAGCCGUACGACAUAAUGGCGGGGGAGGAGUAGCGGGCAGCUAGGGGGAAGGCGUGGGGUCUGAGGCUGGGUUUGACACGCACGUGUGGCGGCACGGUCGAGUCCGGGGCGGGAGGUGGAGGUGUGGGCGCACGGCCGCCGGCAGGAAGCGCGGGGCACGGGCGCACAGCAGGUGGGCGGAGGAGUGUGUGGUGCUCUGUUGGCUGGGGGCGGGGGCUUGGCAUGUGCGGUUGGGAUAGCUGGGGUGAUGUAUGGCGGAGUUGCGCAGCAGGUUGGGUUGCUGACGUGGGUGGUGUGCGGGCGGCGUUGAUGCGGCUUUGGCAUGGGCAUUCAAGCGUGGAGCAGGCGCAGGCGCAGGGCAGGUUUGAGUCAGCUGCGACAACUGCUGGGGCUUGCUGUAGCCAUGCAUAGGAGCAUCUGCGAUAGUACGGUAUACCGUAUUGCAUUGAGGGUCACAUGCUGCGUCAAAGUGGCCUGCUGCCUGUUGACUGCCGUGCGGCACGGCAUGGCAUGGCACGCCACGGGGUCGGCGCACUGCGGUUGGUUGCUAUGUUCCUGGGCUGGUCGCAGGACCCUGGUACCAGAAGCCGCGCACGCUGCUGCACGUGUCUAUAUGUUGCGCGUGUGCACACGUACGGCGGUCGGGAGGGCUUGCGGAGCAACUCGCCUUUUGACAUAUCGGCGGCAUGUGUGCGUUGGUGACCGCCUCAGCGGGUGAGCAAGAUCACACACGGCAAUUCCCAUGUACUUCCUUUGGUUUUCUCCGAGACGAGCCUCUAUGCUGGCUUAUCGGGUGC